CUCUUGCCUCUUUAUCUUUUUGCGCUUCCCCUUUCCUUUCUAUCUCUUCCCCCUCUGCCGCUCGCUCGUCGAUGAAAAUCACUUCCUUCCUAGGUUCUCGUUAAAAUUCCAAGCGCGCGAUUUUUAAACGUCCCUUUUGUCGCGCACGAGCUUCCUUCUCGUUAAACUUUAUAGAUAGAUAUCGAACACCGUUACAACAUUGCUUACGUUAUAACAUUUAUUAUAACUAUGUAUUAGACUAUGUAAUUUAACAUGAGAGAUCGAUCCUUUUCCAUCCUUAAUAAUAUGAAUAAUUAAGGAGAUCAAUAAGUAGGAACUCGUGAAAUAUCGCAUGGAUUAUCGAUAGGCACGAACGUUCGUGCGACAUCUCGAAGGAACGUUAUAAUCGUUUGUCACAACAAUAAUAUUUCGUCGCGUCUAGGUCGCUCGCAUUGUCCCAUUAUAUAUAUAUAUAUAUAUCCUCAUGGACAAUUGCUUUUCUCAAUCGACAUAAGAACGUCGUACGAGGACUAACGCAGCCGAGAUAAUUGCUCCGAGGAAAAGGAGGAAUAAUUUGGAUUCGGAGAAGAAACGUUCGUCAAUUCUUCACAGAUUCGCAAUACUCGGAAAUGAACGAUGAUGUCAUAGACGUUCUCGAGAAUGACAACUCCAGAAAUAUCUUUUCUACGCCCUACGUGAUCGAUCGACGUACGCGUGUUUACCUAUGCGACGUUACGUCAGAUUAGUUACAUAUGUAUCGAGUAUAUGCGUCCGUACGUUCGUUCGCAUCGAACCAAGAAGAAGAAAAAAAACGAGAAUAGGACGAUUUAUCGUGGAUAAAACGAGAAAGAGAGAGAUUUAUCUUUAUUUUCUCUCGCAAGUUACAAACGAGAAAAUUUCUAAGAAGCGAUCAUGUUGCAACAUAUUCUUUCGAAUUGAUAAACGCUUUUACGGUGACAUUGGCGAGAAUUUAGAGGCCGUCCGCCUUUGGUUAUCGACUUGUAAACAUAGUUGGCCGUAACCGAUACUAAAGAAGAAUCCUAAAGAAAGGAGAUAAUAGAGAUGAAUAUACCGAAGAGCGAUGGCCUUCUGUCGGUGGUCUUGCCUUCCGAAAUUCCAUCUUCGGCCAGUUCGCAACAGCUCUUUAUAAAUCAGGACCAACAGGACGAGGAAGCUUCGGACUGUCCACUCUUGACGCCGAGUCCACCUCCGGCCGUGCAGAUAAAUAAUUCUCUCGAAUCGGCGGCGCCUAUAUACAGACCUCUCGAAGGAGCACCUUUGGAAAUGAUAACAACGCCAACGCUCGAAAAUAUUAACGAGGAGGACGGGCUCAAUGCGUUCAUGAAUCUCGUAAACAGUUCGUCUAAACCUCUUCACGAUGAACCGAGUUCGCGCGAUCCGAUGGUGGAAUCGAGCACGAGCGGUAGCAGUAGUGACACGAACGAGCCGGUUUGCGCUCAAUUACUUACACAGCUGAAUACUGCUUAUCAACAUUUAGCACCAGACGCUCAAGCUCUGUUUUACAAUCAGGAGAACGGUGGGAAGCCACCGCUCGUUGGAAUACAACUGGUCGUACCAAAGUCUCCGAAAGAUUAUCGAUUUAUGAAAUGGAACUGGCCACUGAUAAGAAAAACUUGUUUUUGGUCGUUGAUGUCGAUCCUGACUGGAUGCACUGCUCUUGUCAUAGGCGUCCUCGCGACGAUGCCUAAAAAAUGCGAUCCUUCGAUAGAGUGGUGGCAAGGAAACGUCUUCUACGAGAUCUUUCCAGCUUCCUUUCAAGAUUCCUCAAAAGGCGGCGACGGUAUCGGCGAUUUGCGUGGUAUCACGAUGCGAUUGGAUUACCUAAAGAGACUCGGCGUUCGUGGAAUUCGUCUAAACUCGAUAUUCCCGGCGCCGCAUUAUCCGGAAUAUUAUUCGGACAUCAGCAAUAUGACGGAUAUAAACGUGAAUCUCGGUACGUUGAAGGACUUUGAAAAACUCCUAAAUGAGAUACAUCGUAGAAACAUGAGCCUUAUCCUCGAUCUACCGCUUUAUCCGUACGCGAAGACGCUUCAAGGUGAGGAAAUGGCCACGAACAGGACGAACAAAGAGAUCCGCGAAAGAAGAGACCUGAUGGAGAAUUCGAUGCUCGAGGAUAUGGUUACGACGACGACGACGACGACGACGACGACGACGACGACGACACCGUCGAUUAAAAAUAUUGGAAAUACUUUGUCGGUGAUUAGCAGUACUCUAGGACCGUUCGAAGAACCAAGAGCUCUACCAGUCGUUUCAUCGGAUUCGAUCGUUAAUGAACGUUCGAUCGGUUCGGCCAUUAAAACGUGGAUCGAUAGAGGCGUCGAUGGAUUUUAUUUGAAGGGUCUCGAACGUUACGUUCACGAAAGCAGUUUUCCCAAUAUCAUAAAGCAUUGGAGGUCUCUGCUUGGACCUCGAAAGAUAUUCAUUUGUCACGUCGACGCGCUUAACGCUGCGAUGCACUUCGAGGCAUCCAAAAAGACGAUACUUACGAGAAUAGAUCUGAUCGAUGUCACAUUACGCGUAUCCAAUGGUACCGAGAACAUAAAGGCUCAAGUGGAAACCAUAACGAAAGGUAUACUUUUCGAGAAAGCAUCUUACCCGUGGGUACAUUGGUCCGUUGGUGGCGUUGAUUCGAGAAGAAUUGCUUCCAGUAUCGACGUCAAGAACGCUUCUAUGGCUGUCUCUCUUUUGGCCUUGAUGCUUCCUGGAACACCCAGUAUAUUUUACGGGGACGAGAUAGGUAUAAUGGAUUGCGAGUGCGAGGAUCAUCAGGAUCUGGCACAUUUGCAUAAUCUCGCGCCGAUGUAUUGGGAGAAGAAGGACGGAUUGGAUGACAAGUUUGCAUCGGUCGGUGUCACUGCCUGGUUGCCCGAGGCUUCGAAGCCAUUAGAAACCAGUCUGAUCGGGACGAUCGGCGAGAUUAUUAAACUGAGAUCUAACACCCCGACGAUUUACGUUAAAGCUAUUUCUAAGGAUAGCGAUGUCAUGGCCAACUGUGAUAUUAGGUACACGAAGGAUGAGAUAAUCGUGAUAGAACGUUGGUAUCCACGGAGAAAUUCGUACGUAUUUGUCGCUAAUCUCGGCAAUGCGUCCAAACAGAAGGAUUUGUCGUCUCUUUAUUACGGUGGUCACGUUGUCGUUGGACCAGCCAAUAGAUUGAAUCAAGACGUUUUCUUCAAGGAACUGAACGUUCCACCCGGCGAGGCUUUCGUCAUCAAAUUGGACAAGUGAGAGGAAACUUUUAAGCGAGCUUGAAAGUUGAAGAAGAAACAGUCAUGAAAUCGAUCAAUCAACAACAUUCAUGUCUGAGUCAUAUUUUGUUUUUUCGGUGACACGUCUAGUGCCAAUUGUGAUGUAUAAUAUUAUCCUACGGAAGGAGUUUCAUACUCCUUGUGGUGCAAGGUGCGCGCCGUAAAUAGUUCAAGUUCCUCUUUAUGAUUGUAGAUAAAAGAGAUUCGCGAUUUCUUACAACUCGACAAGUCAAAUUCUUUCUUAUUUAUAGUCUAUAUUUAUAGUCUAAUUCUUUCUUAAUUGCUCGUGGGAACUGGCAAACAACCAGUUAACUCUUAACGAACAUAAAGCGACCGUUUUAUUGAAAUUGAUUUCUAAAUGAGAGAAAACGGCACGUCUAAAGUGUUCCGCAAGGUUCUACGAUAUGGUUCCUCGAUAUGGUUCCUCGAUAUGGGCUUUAGCAAAUGUUAUUAACGAAGACACUUCGAUUUCACAAACCGAGUUUAUCACAUUGUACAAGUCUCUAUGUGUUCACUAUCUUUAAUAAUCUGGCCUGUGGAACUUAUGCUUUAAUGAUGCUUCAACGACACGACGAAAAUUCUCUUUUCUUUUUUUGUUUUCUUUUUUCACAUAAAAUAUUCUUCUAUUUGUAAUUUUAACAAUUAAUAACUAUUCAUCGAAACGUUUCUAUUUCACGUAAUUUUAAGUAAUAGAAAUAAAUUAAAAAUACUUUUAUGAGAACGUUUUUUAAGCGAUAAUAUCUUUUUAAUACGAGUGCUCUCGUCGAGUGCCAUUUUCGUCGAGAGCGUCAGUUUAUUUUAUUCGAUCAAUCGUAAUUAAAACAAGCUUGCGUUCGAAUUACAUAUUUUCUCUACAUAUAAUAUAUCCCUUGACGCGUGUGUGCGCUUGUGUAUGUUACUUUCGUAAGUACCUUAUCAUUCGUAACGUGUAGUAUACACCCAACAGAUAUUUUUUUAUCCCAACGUUUAUUAAAUAAAUUAAUUCGUUUUCAUCUGUA